CAGUUACUACAAAUAUUAAAAAAAAAAAAACAGAAAUUCAGGACAUGUUAACUGAUGUUAACGACAUGACCGACAUAUGCAAGGAUGCAAAUUCGAUUUGGAGCAGGCUUUUUGAUCACAAAGCGUUUUUAAAUGGUGAAGUGCAGUUUUUUAUCCGUGAAUUCGAGAGAAAAAGAAAUGAUUGGGAAGUAGAACAAUUAUUUACUGUGUUAGAGAAGGUUACUGAUAUUAAAGUCACUCAAAUAGACCGUUUUAAACAAUCAGUCAAUUUAUCAUUUCCCCAAAUUAAUAUUGGUUUAAGUAAAGUGUCAAACUUGUCUGAUAAUAUUAUUCUUGCUGAAGAAAAAUACAAAACAGAUACUACAUUGGAACAAGCCAGAGAACAAAGAAAAUUAGAAUGGCAACAAUUUGUUGAUAACAUGUCACAUGCCUGCAAUAACAUUGAUACAACAUUUGAACAAAAAGAAAAAGAACUUGAAGAGUUUUAUACCGAUUUGGAAGAGAAAUUACAAGUAGGCAGUGCAGUACCAUAAAAAUGAAAGCUACAUUAACUCA